AUGUCAUCUCAUCAUUGUUUGACUCGUGUUUUCUUAUCAAUUCAUUUGUAUAUAUUAUUUAUUGGAUGUAUCGACUCAUCACAAGCACAGUCCGACACAUUUGGUUCACAUGGGUGUUACUUUCCGAUUGAGUACCAGGGUACAUUCCUCAUACAGACACAGGCAUCCAGUGCUGAUGGAGGCAGUGUUGUCACUUACUCUGAGAUCACUAUAGAAGCGGACGCAAUACCCCCGUGGGGUCGAUGCCAUAAAAGACGGGGCAAUAAUGUUAUAUUAAAGGACAGCACCGGUGCUGAAGAUUGCAUGCGUUGCUUUCAUCUGACAAUGAAGACACCAAAUGUCAUACAAUUGCACACCGAAGGAUUGGCUCGUUGUUACACCAACGAGGACGCGGCCCGAGCCACCUGUCCUAAUGACAAGGAUGUGCUCGAAAAGAAGUUCAAAGAAAUAAUGCUUUUUCGUAAACACAUUCCCGGAGGUCUACAGUCAGUUGAACACGUGUUUUGUCCGUUCAAUGGAAAGUAUAGAUUCACAUAUAUGGCCAACAAUGGCGAACUGCAUUGUGACCAGAAUUACUCGGAAUUAAGUAACUGUCCUCACGGCAAUGCUCUCGGGGCUAAAUUUAGACAGUGCUCGUUCCCAACAAUGGACAUCCACUUCCUUUGUUUGGGCGAUUGGGAGAGUCAUACUGGAGAGCGCUAUUUGGCACUAAUGGAUUUGCGUGAAGAACCAGAAGCCCGACCUAAGUAUCGCUGUGGGUUGUAUAGCUCGGAGCCGACGACGGGUCGCAUACAUGUGUCGUUAUCGGCCGACUCUACCUGUAGUACACAACUAAGGAGUGCCACCAAUGGCUUCGAGUCAUUGGUUUUAUCGCCGCUGCCCAACAAAAAGAUGCCGCUUUUGGUUGAGAGCUCAAAGUGUCGGUUCCCGGACUGGAUGCAAGGCAAGUGGGAAAUGUCGACCAUUGAUGGCAAUCGCUUGAUAUUCAGGGAUGAGGCCAACCAAUUCCGCACAAUUACAUCCCGGUGUGUAAUGAGACAGAAUAACACACCUAAUGAUCGGUUUAUUGUGCACUCAGUCACGCAGUGCGGUGAUGAGUCGUAUACCUGUGUUUGGUUGAAACGGCGUUCCCCUAAUAUCAUGGAAUUCCAAUUCUCAGACCAAACCAGUGAUGCCAUGUCUGACAGCUUAUGUAAUGACAAUCACUUCACCUCAAACUGGAUAACUCAAGGCAGGAACACUGUAGCCCAGUUGACUUCAUGUCCGAUCACUGGUGAUUACAGUGGUGUGGUUCCGGGUGCUACCGGUCUCUGUGCAAAAGUGGCCUCAGACUGCAAUAACCCCGAUAUCAUGUUUUAUAGCGUCAGUAGCUGUGAGAAUAGGACUCAUGUUUAUGAAGAAAGAGAGUAUCGAUGUCUUGGCAAUUGGGAAGAGGAUGGAGUGCUCUAUACAUACACACAAAGGCGUGAUAUGCCGGGACACCAGUGCUUUGCCGGAAAAAUAUUCAGGAAUGGAGACGAAGCCUUCAUUAAAGAGGCCGGAGAGAGCUGUGUUAGAGGUGAAGAUCCGCUGAUCUUUGGCAUGAAAAUAACAAAACAUGCUUCGUGUCCAAGAAUGCCACCGAUCACAUCAUAUGUUCCUAUUAAGCCCAGUUGGCAGUCCAAACCUGACAAAGUUUUCCCAAUGCCACCGCAUCAGCCAUCAGUAUAUCCACCAAUCAGGCCUUUGCCAGCACCGGGUCUAAAGCCAAUACUUCCUCAGCCGGCACCGCGACCGGCCAUCACUCGUGACCCGUACUGGUAUGACGCUGAUACACAACCCACUACUAAAUCGUGGCGACCAAACACAACAGAUCGCAAAAUAGAGACAAAAGAAGAGAAAAGUUCUUCCACUCAAUUCAAGCCAUUCCUACCAUUAGUUGUCAUAUUAGUAAUCAUUGAAAGGAUUUUAAUACAUUGUUAGCUGUUAUAUAUAAAUAUUGUAUAUUU